AUGACCGACAUUGCAGCCUUCCACACCCUCCUGCGCGGCAGCCCGCGCAUCCUCGCCAUCGUCGGCGCGGGGCUGUCGGCGUCGUCUGGCCUGCCGACGUUUCGCGGUGCAGGCGGCCUGUGGAGGAACUACGAGUCGACGAGCCUCGCGACGCCUGGCGCGUUCGCGCGCGACCCCGCCCUCGUGUGGCUCUUCUACGCCUGGCGGCGGCACAUGUGUCUCCAGGUCGACCCGAACGCGGGGCAUACGGCGCUCGCGGCGCUGGCCAAGGCGCGCGGCGGCGACUUUCUCUGCCUGACGCAGAAUGUGGACAACCUGCACGAACGUGCCGGGCAUCCCACCGACAGGCUGCGACACCUCCACGGGCGGCUAUUCGACGUCAAGUGCAGCAGGUGCAAGAAGACAGAGUACAACACCGACGACCCGCUCGUGCCCGCGCUCGCCCCGGCGUCGGCAGACUUUGCUGACGGCGAGAACCCGCUGCUCGACCCCAGCCGGCCCGUGCCCAAAAUCGCGACGUCUGAACUGCCCCAUUGCUCCGCCUGCGGCGGCAUCCAGCGCCCCGGCGUGGUCUGGUUCGGUGAGAACCUCGACUCGCGCAUGCUGCGCGAAGUCGACGCGUGGAUCGACGCCAAGCCGGUAGACAUUGUCCUUGUGAUUGGGACCAGCUCGGUCGUCUACCCGGCGGCCGGGUACGCUGAUCGCGCUCGAACGAAACACACCAAAGUGGUGACUGUCAACCUCGACCCCGAGACGGAGGCUGCCGAGCCAGGCGACCUCGUCUACGUUGGCGACGCCGCACAGCUGCUACCUGAGCUGCUGGCCCCACUGCUCACAACCUCAUCGUCAUUGUAA